UUAAUUAAGCGAUUACAAUUAAUUGCUAGACCAUUAUUGAUGAAAUCCAGAUUACCAUCAUCUGCAUGGGGAUAUGCUAUAAUGCAUGCUGCAAAUUUAAUUCGGCUCAGGCCAACUGCAUAUCAUAAAUUUUCCCCAUUGCAAUUAAUAUCUGGUAAAGAACCAAAUAUAUCACACAUAAAAAUAUUUGGUUGUUCUGUGUAUGUACCAAUUGCUCCACCUUAUCGUACUAAAAUGGGUCCUCAAAGAAGGCUGAGAAUUUAUGUUGGUUUUAAAUCUCCCUCAAUUAUUAAUUAUCUAGAACCUAUGACUCGUGACUUAUUCCCAGCCUUAGGGGGAGAUAAUAAAGAAAUGGACCCACGUACGAAAGAUAUUACUUGGAAUGCAACAGAUUUAUCUUUUCUUGAUUCUCGCACAAAUGCUUGUGAACAAGAAAUUCAAAAGAUCAUUCAUUUACAAAGUGUUGCAAACCAAUUGCCUGAUGCUUUCACAGACUCAAAGAAAGUGACAAAGUCACAUACUCCAGCUAUGAAUACUCCUUCUCGAAUAGAAAUUCCUGUGGAGAUUAGCGAAAGAACUCUUGCUAAUGAAUCUAUGAUACGUAAAAAACGUGGUAGACCACUUGGUUCAAGAGAUUUGAAACCAAGAAAAUUUAAAAAGCAAGAUGUAGUUUGUGAUGCCAAAGAAGUUCAACCUUCUCAAGAAGAAAAUGAACAUUAUGAUAAUAUCGGCAUUGAAGAUAACAUCAAUAAUAAGGAUACCUCAAAAGAGGAUCCAAUCACCUUUGAAGAGGUAAA